CCCUCCGCCCUCCAGGAAGGCAUUGUGGUAAAUGAUAGUUCAACUCAAUCAUAGUCAUAAGAUUACUUCCCUUUUGAGAAAUAGCGCAUAAAAACUUGUUUUACUUUUCAAUAGCAGCAUAACUCUAGCCCGGAGCUGUGUUGUAAAAACAACAAAAACAUUUUUAGAGUAAAGUAAAAACUUUUAAGACAGGUUUUGGAAGAUAUGACACAAAGCAGGCAAGUAGCUGCACCGGCUCAAGGAGGACCAGAAAAUGAUAACAGCAACCAAGGAAAAGAAACACAGAAGAAGCAAGGUAUUAAGAACAUGAAGGAGAAGUGUAUUUUAAUUUUUAUUGGACUUGUUUUGGGAAUAGUUCUAACUAUUCUUUAUUUUUCAAUUUGUUUAAAAGGUACAGAAACUCAACAUUUUUGCCCACAUGAUUGGAUUGGUUUCCAAGAUAAAUGUUAUUAUUUCUCUAAAGAAGAAGGGGAUUGGAAUUCAAGUAGAUACAAUUGUUCCACACAACAUACUGACCUAACUAUGAUUGACACCGUUGAAGAAAUGCACUUUCUCAGGAGACACAAAUGCACUAGUGAUCACUGGAUUGGGCUGGAGAUGACAGAAAAUCAAAUAAGAAAAUGGGUAAAUGGAACCGUAUUUAACAAAUGGUUUACUGUGAGAGGGAAUGAAAAAUGUGCCUACCUCAAUGAUGAUGGUGUGGCAACAGCUAGAUGCUACACAGAAAGAAAAUGGAUUUGCAGAAAAAAAGUACACUAAGUACGUAAGUGUUUCUGAUGAUGGACUUAAAACCGUGGGAUGCCACCACAGCAUGGCUUGACAAGCAGCACUAGGUCCACUCUGGGAAUCCGAACCUGCGAAGUCCAGGCCUCCGAGAAGGAGUCUGUGAACUUAACCACUACACCACUGGACCAGCCCCCAGCAUUUAUUAUUUAAAUUAAAUAAAUGUUUGCCACACGAAAUGAAAUUACAUUGUUAAAAUGGUUCAUACAACUUAUUAAAAUAUAUUUUGCUUUA